AUGGAUGCUGCUGAAGUUAAAUCACGGGAUUACCCUCCAAGACUUUACCUUGAAGGGUCUUCUAACCUAGAAGGACAUUUGCCCCACGUUAGAGAAACAAUUGGACUUGAUGUGUGGGAAGAACUGGUGAACUCUCCCAUUGGAGUAGUUGCUAGGUUAGCUGGACGCGAAAGCAUGUUAAACACAGGCCCAUUGCCAACAGAAAAAUUUGAUCUUGAUCACUACAAAGAAUUUUGGGAGGAGUUGAAAGUGCCGCUUGGGAUGGGACCCAAGUUAGAUGAACUGAAGGCAGCAUUAGAGUUCUGUCCGCUUUGGAGUUUUGAAAAGCGUAAGUGGUUGGGGCUGCUACUCCUUCAAGCCCUGGGAGUCUAUUUGUCGCAUCACAAUUCAAGGAUACCCUUUCAAAGUGCAAUAAGGGUAUUCGACGAUGAAGCCAUGAGAUCGUAUCCAUGGGGUCGGACUGCAUACGAAGUUCUCAUUGACUCCAUUAAGACAUUGGCUCCAGAAGGAGGUUCAUACACAAUAAGCGGCAUGAAGGACUUGUUAUUGAUUUGGGCGUAUGAAUCCGUCGCCUGCUUCGGUGAGAGUUUUGGGAGAGUGCGUGUGAGGAGAAUGGUUUUGAAGGACUCGAUUGAAGAGAUGUUUCCUCGUUGGCCGGGUGAAGCUGACGAUCCACAACUCGGGAAUGCAAAGGGGAAGGGGAAUGAGAAGAAGAAGAAAAUGAAGGGUGGAGUUUCGUCAGAAGCUGAGCCACCCACUAAGAAGCAGAAAAAAAUUAAGACACAGAAUGAAGUGAACACCAUUGAGUCUGAAGCUGCUGCUGUGGGAAAGGGUUCUAGCGAGAAGGAAGGUAGCAAAGAUUUGGAGUUGGAGAACAAAACGACUCUGACGACCAUUGUGAGUACUCUGGAGAAUAUUUCCAGAAAAUUUGAUCAGAUUGACUCACGGUUUGACGCUUACGAGUUAGACCGGAACAGACCAUUGAUGGACCAGAGGACCAUUGAUGACAGGGUGAAAGCUUUAGUGGAGAAGCGUCUGAAAGUUCUUGGGGUAGGGGAAAUUCCCGAAAACAAUGAUAACGUCUCUCCACCAUCACCAGAUAAAUCUUUAUCGUUGGCAUCACCGCGGGUUCAAACGCAGCAGAAGUUUGUCAAUAGUCCAGCGUUAGCUGCGACUCCUGGUAAGGUGUUGGGACCGAAAAAGAAUUUGGCCAAGGAGCUUGAUAAGGAAUCAGGGGUGAAAAGGACUUUGGCUGAGGAGUUUGGUAGUGUCGCUAAAGCUACUGAUAGUGAUCUUGAUUUCGUUGUGGUUUCUCCUUCAAAGGCUAUUGAGGAUGAUAAGGAUGCUAAGGUUCCAGCCUAUGGACGCGGCUGCAGGGGCAGGCGUAAUGUAAAGUAUGAGGAUGCCGCUGAAAAUAAAAAAGCAGUGCAGGCAGAGGCUGCAUUAAAGAGGAAGGAGAAGGCUGACGCAAAGAGAAAAGAGGCUGUGUUAAAGAAGCAAAAACUGGCUGAGUUAAAGAAUUAA